GGAGGACGUCACGUCGUCACGUCGCCUCUGCGUGCGCAGCAGUUUAGAUGUUUGGCGCGAGCGGACCGCUGACUCGGACGGGGUGCUAAGUAAACGGAGUUUUCUGAGUACGCUUCACAAUAGCAAGGGAGCACAGAGUGCGGACCCAACAUGUUAAAUGGGGGCCAGUUUGUGGAGGCCUUGGGCCGUCUAGGUUAUCCUGGUGCGUCAUCACUGAAGGCCUCGGACUUCGACUGGCUGUUUGACUGCGCCCCGGAGAACCUUCACUUCUUGCGCUUUGUCUGUCGGACCCUCAACCAGAGCAAUGUUCUCACCAAGGAGGAGGCACAUGCUUUUCAGGAGCUACGGAAGUCCGGCAAGCCAUGUCUGGAUGAAGCAGCCUUGGGUGAGGUCCUUAAAACCAUUGGACCUUCGGAUGGCAGUGCAAACAUCUUGGGGCCCUCUUCUUCAUCUUCAUCCUCCGUGUUUGUGGCGGAGGGUGAUGUGACCAUACAGGACUUGGAGGCAGAGCUCCAGGCACUACGUAAAGAAAAAGACCUGAAGCAACGGCGGUAUAACAGGUUGCAGGUUGUGGCCACCUCCCGUGCAGAUGUUGACCUACGACUUACUGCAGAGCUGGAGAAUUCGGCAUGUAAGCUGAAGGAGGCCGGUGCUUCCAUUGGAGCUGAGAAUGCUGACACCAACGCUCUAUUACAAAACCUAACGGAUGAGGUGAGAAAGCUUGCUUCAUAUCUCCCAGUUCAGCCAGAGGCUACGCAAAAAGGAAAAGGAGACCAUGUGACCUCAUUAAACUCCUCUAGCUCCAAAAGCCCCGCUGUCCUCUCCUCUCAGCUGCCCUUGGAUCCCUACCUGCACCAGGAGGAGCUCAACACUAAAACACUAGCUGUCUUCACCCAGAAGCAUUUCUUCCAGGGCAUCUCUGACAUUGUUGAGACUUCUUGCUCUGACCGCUUCCAGCUCCUGGACCUCAGUUCAUGUGAAGAUGAAGAGAAUGAGCAUGAGGGGAGAGGGAGGGAGGAGCAAAUGUUGGAUGGCAGGAGGACAGAGAUGGCCAGACUUCAGUGGUCCCAUAUUGUGGCCCAGCACCAACUGAUGCAGGCAAUGGCAGAGGAGAAGAGUGUCAAGGCUGGACUGGAUUGGCUCUCUGAGAAGUCCUCUUCUACCAAGAGCAUCUCCAUGUCCUCCUCGCUGCAUGUCCGUGAGGUUGUGUCCAGGAAGGAGCUGCAUGCGGUGGAGGCUGAGCUGGAGGCUCUGCUCAAUGGACCAGUACCUGCUGCCCUUAGAGAGUCAGCCAGGUUGCUUAAUGUGCCGGUAGUGAGGGGAGACCUGGAUCUGCAACUAGCCAGGCAGGACUACUACACCUCCAGACAGGAUCAGGUUCGAGACUACCUACUCCGCCAAAAGGCGUCCUUUGACCUGGUGCUCCUGGGUCAGGAGAUGGAGUUGAGGAGGUGGAGGAUGUGUCUUAAGCAGUUGGGAGAAGUAAAUAGCAGACUUGUAAAGGAAGGUGAAGCGGCAACCCUCAGAAUUGAGUCCCUGGCACACCCUGACCUGGCUAUCAACCCCAGGCCGAACCCUAUUAUCAGCAGCAAGGAUGCAGCCUUCAGCAGGCUGCUCCAGAUCCUUGACCAUGAUCCAGACCAUGGUCGAUCGGAGCCUUUUCGGACAUAUGAAGCGCUGGACCACGCUGCUCGUGACCUCGCAGGCAACCUCCAGGUGACCCGAGAUGCUCUAGCUGGGGCUGGCCGUGAGCAGGGUUACACAGCUGCUCGUCUUUAUGGCGACUGUGAGGCGCUCCACAGGGCAAUGUACACAGAGCUCCAGCAGCUGAUCUUAGGGCCGCAGGUAUGUCCCGCGGCCAUCACUGACCAGGAGCUGCUUUGCCCCAAUGCACAGGAGCUGACGGUGAAGCUUGUGGAAGCAGAGUCUCAGCUGCAGAGUUUGCAGCAUUUAAUGCAAGAAAUCAUCGGGGAGGUUAAAGCCAAGCGUUCUCAGUUGGAGUGCAAUGCCCCCCUCAGGCGGGAGAGGGAACUGUACAUCUACUUCCACUUGGAUGCCCGGCUGCUGAAGAAAGUAGUGGAAGAUCUGGAGGGCAAAAUGGCUUUGAAGAGAGGGCAACAGUAAAGGCUGCCCGAAGGAAUGAGGGGCGGUUGUGGCCAGCUCAACUUCAAUGUACUUUUUCUGUGCUAAGGGAGUCAACCUGUGCUAUAAAGCUUCACGAUAUCGGAUAAGUACACUGUGCUUUACUGCACCGUCACUUGGUUUGUGCUGGAGACGGAGAACGAUCCCUUGAGUCUUAAUCUUUGGGACAAAACUCAACUUGGGGGGGAAAAAAAAAGUUUGGUUGUAUAUGAGAAACGCUGCAUAUGUUCAUUCUAAACAAUUUUUACAUGAACUAACCAGAUAAGUCCACUAACCAGUGUCUAGCAAUGUUCUAAAAUACAUGUCCUUGUUUUCUUUUUGUCAUCAGAUAAAUAAAGUACAAUGUUAUCUUUUA